AUGGCAGACAAGCGCUGGUUCCAAAUCUCUCUAGAGAAUGAUAUUGCAAGAGCAAUUAUCAACGAUACCCGGAACCGAGACUGUGUCACCUCCAGUGCAGACGAUUGUAUCUUGACGUUCGGGAGGGACAGGGCCUUUAGUGUAGUCUGCGGCCCUCCAGGACUCCCAGAACAGCUUUCACGGGAGUUUUCACGGAGGCAGUGCCAGCUCUUCUUGGAGAAGAACACUCUUCUGAUCCGAGAUGACUCUUCUGGAAGUACAACGAAGACAUGCCCACGGAAGAUCGAUUCUAAUCUGUGGAAAUUUUCUAGCACAUCUACUGGUAUACUAAAGCAACGAGCACUUCUCGAAAUUCGACAUUGGGGUCUCACUGUAGGGCCUGCCGAAUUCCUCGUUGAAUUCUUCGGCAAAGAUAGGUGGUGGGACCGUGGUAUAGAUGAGAGGACAGCGCUAGCUGCUAGGAAAUUACCUUUCGAUUCCAAGGUGACCCUUCCCGCUAUGGGUCUUCCACCAACUCAUUACCAAACUCGGAUUCAAACACCUCAGAUACCAGAAAAUAAGAUCCGUGGUUUGGUAACCUAUCAUGAACUUGAGUACCUAGGGAAAGGAAGUUGCGGGCGUAUGAGUCGAGUCAUUGAUCUUCAGUGGGGCGGCAUAAUGGCUGUCAAGAUCGUCACUGUCCAACGAAAGAAAGAAAAGGAGACGAAGGAAGCGCUCAAACGCGAAGUGGAACUGUUAGCCAAGCUAUCACACGGACAUUACCAAGGCCUAUACUAUCUGUAUAGAGAGAAUAUCAUCCAUCGAGAUAUCAAGCCAGAAAAUACCCUUUUCAAGGAUCUAGUUACGGGUCCCGUCUUUAGCCUGGCCGACUUUGGCCUCUCCAAAGAGUUAGAUUCCAAGGCCACUUUCGUUGGAACUCCACUCUGCUGGUCACCAGAGAUGUGCUCUGCCGCUUCGCAAGACUUCCGAGUCGACAUCUGGUCGUUGGGCGUUGUUAUAUAUGAAAUGAUAACUGGUUUGGCCCUGCACCAACUGCCUGGCCUGACUUACCAUACGUUCGCAUCUGGGGAGUGGUGCAAGAGACUGGAGGAUGCAUGUCAGGACAGAGGCGAUUUGGCAAAAAUGGUGACUAUUAAAGUUGAGAAAAUGAUAACUAUUGACAUGUGCCAAGCACUUGCCACUUUUUCCCGUCUUGCCAGAUGA